ACCUAGUUUCUCAACAAAUCUUAUCCAACAUAAUAUUAGUAAGCUUUUGUCCCUAUCCUCUUCACAACCUGUCCCAUUUUCACGAACAACAAUGGAGGAUUGCUAUCUUCCCCAUGAUUCGAUCUUCCUUGGGCUUGACAGUUCCACUCAGUCACUGAAAGCUACUGUAUUAGAUGCCGGUCUCAACAUUGUCGACUAUGAAAUCGUUAAUUUUGAUUCAGAGCUACCGCAUUACAAAACAAAUGAUGGUGUUUAUAGGGAUCAAUCUGUUAAUGGAAGAAUCGUUUCACCUACUUUGAUGUGGAUUGAGGCGUUGGAGCUGAUGCUUCAGCGCCUUUCAGCGAAGGUAGAUUUUGGGAAAAUAGCAGCUGUUUCAGGAAGUGGACAGCAGCAUGGUAGUGUCUAUUGGAAGAAGGGAAGUUCUAGGAGGUUAUCAUCAUUGGAUUCCAAGAAGCCAUUGAUAGAUCAGCUUAAUGAUGCUUUUUCAAUAAAGGAAUCCCCAAUAUGGAUGGACAGCAGCACCACUGAACAGUGUAAGGCAAUUGAGAAGGCUGUUGGCGGUGCAUUGGAGCUUUCUAGGAUUACGGGUUCUCGAGCGCAUGAGAGAUACACAGGCCCACAGAUUAGGAGGAUUUUUGAGAUGCAACCCGACGUUUAUCAUAAUACAGAGAGGAUCUCACUGGUCAGCUCCUUUAUGGCAUCUCUGCUUAUAGGAGGCUAUGCUAGUAUAGAUGAAACCGAUGGUGCUGGGAUGAAUUUGAUGGAUAUUAAGGAAAGGGCCUGGUCUAGGAUAGCCUUGGAGGCUACCGCACCAGAAUUGGAGGAAAAGCUUGGAAAAUUAGCUCCUGCACAUGCUGUUGCUGGUCUAAUUGCUCCUUAUUUUGUUGAGAGGUUCCAUUUCAACAAGAACUGUAUUGUUGUCCAGUGGUCCGGUGACAACCCCAACAGCCUAGCUGGUUUGACGCUGAGCACUCCAGGAGAUCUAGCAAUCAGCCUUGGCACCAGUGAUACUGUUUUUGGCAUUACCAAAGAACCACAACCGAGCUUAGAAGGACAUGUAUUUCCUAACCCUGUUGAUACAGAAGGGUACAUGGUUAUGUUGGUCUAUAAGAAUGGGUCUCUUACUCGUGAAGAUGUGCGUAACCGAUGUGCCGAGAAGUCUUGGGAUACUUUCGGUAAUUUGUUGCAACAGACACCACCACUAAAUGAUGGGAAACUGGGCUUCUACUACAAGGAUCAUGAGAUUCUCCCUCCUCUCCCAGUUGGUUUCCACCGAUACAUUAUGGAGAAUUUCAAUGGAGAAACUUUGGAUGGCGUGAAUGAACAGGAAGUCCAGGAAUUUGAUCCUCCUUCUGAGGUUAGAGCAAUCAUUGAAGGCCAAUUCCUGUCCAUGCGAGCUCAUGCCGAAAGAUUUGGAAUGCCUUCCCCACCCAAACGAAUAAUAGCCACUGGAGGUGCUUCAACUAACCAAAGCAUUUUAAACACUAUGGCAUCCGUCUUUGGUUGUGAUGUUUACACGGUUCAGAGAUCAGAUUCAGCGUCCUUGGGAGCUGCGGUUAGAGCAGCUCAUGGUUGGUUGUGCAAUAAGAAGGGAUGUUUUGUGCCCAUCUCUAUUAUGUACAGAGACAAGCUUGAUAAGACAUCCCUAAGCUGCAACCUUUCAUGCCCGGCUGGGGAGAAAGAGCUUGUCGCGAAAUAUGCUUUGUUCAUGAAGAAGAGAAUGGAAAUCGAGAGCAGACUCGUUAAAAAGCUCGGGAGAUUGUGAGAUAUAGACAUAUGAAGUCCUGUUAGCUUUUGACAGUAAGUUUGCAGGUUUUAAGUUUCUCUUCAGAAAACUAUACAGGGAAUAAAGGUUCAAGAUGAGAUAUAAUAAUGUAUUGUUAAAAGAAAUUAAUAAAAUCUAUUUGCAGUUACAGAGAACUUAUGAAAUGAGCAUCAAUGUUAUUUUAUUUAUUUAAAGAUAUAUAUGUUUAUAUAUUAUUGAGAAUUGAAGGGCUUCAAUUAAUUAGCUGAUAUUCUAAUAAUUACAGAAGAACCCUCUUCACUUC